GUGGCAAUUUAUAAAAUUGAGCAUAAAUAUUUUAUUUUAACCUCUGAGAUUACUUCAGAGGGGUAUUAAUCAGAAGGUGUUAAUCUAUGGGCAGAACCUUCUCGUUUAUUUAAAGAUGGCUGCGUAGUGUAUGUAUUUCAUCUGUUGAAAUUGGUAUUCCUCACAGUAAUGUUAUAAUUAAUUUGAUACCGCAAAAAAGGCUGUGAGGCAUUUUAAUAAAUUUAAGAAAAUUAAUUUAAUACGUAUGUCACAAGAUGACAUCAAAGUCAAAGAGUUUCGAAAAGAAUGGUUCAACAGUUAAGCCACAUGCAGUGGAUUCAGUUUGGAAUAGGGCAUUCACAUGUAAUUCAGAAUGGCCAGAUAAGGAGGAAUUCUUGGAUGUUAUUUAUUGGUUCAGGCAGGCCUUAGGAAUAAUUAUUGGCUUGCUGUGGGGACUCAUUCCAUUGAAAGGCUUCAUUGCAUUGUUAUUGUUUGUACUGGUCAACGCUGGAUUGGUUUACAUGUAUUUCACAAACUUUCAAGGUGUGGAUGAAGAAGAAUAUGGAGGUGCAUGGGAAUUGACAAAAGAAGGUUUUAUGACUUCAUUUGCUGGAUUCUUGAUGACAUGGAUAAUUAUAUAUUCCGGGUUACACUUUGAAUGAUCUACAUAUGAAGAAUUUUUCAUGGGUAAGGGAAGUUGAUAGGAAUGUUCUGUACAAUAUUUUAUGUUGAAAACAUCUGUAUGAAGUUCAUUAAAUAAACUGUGUUGUAGACAUAUUUAUUCUGAAAUUUAUAUUGUGUAUGUAUGUUCAUAUACUUGACUAUGUUGUGUUUGGUCCAUAAUGGGAGUAUUUCUAAGAAAUAAAUGAUAUUCAAGUUG